UCGUUCCACUUGACGAUCGCAACGCCAAUGGAAUUAUUUCAUCCUUGUUAUUCACCGAAAAUUAGCCAAAGACAGAAUAUUCGCGAGCGUUGCGAUUGUCACAAGUGGAACAUAGCGUUACACAUAACGUAGCCAUAACCAUAAGCCAUAGUAGUAGAUAGUAGGUAGUAAUAGCGAAACACAUGCGUUACUACUAUGAGAAAAAUAUGCAUAAUAGUAAUUUAAAGGAAAUUAGAUCAUGACAAUCAGUUCAUACACAAUAGAUCAUUAUGCUUAUUUCGAAUAAGCUUUGAUUUAUCAAGUUGAAUAAAAUUAGUAAAAUUAUAUUAAAAAUGUAGAAAUCGUUGGGAUUAUAAUUAAGCACGAAAUAAAUCAGGAUAAGAAUAGAGUAGAGAAUAUUCAAUAUCAAGAGAAUAUCUGUCUGAUAAAUUAUUUUUUUUACACACACACACACACACAUACAUACAAAAGUAUGUACAUAUAAUAUUUUAAUAGACAUUUUUUUAUAAAAUUCUUGUUUAAAUAUUUUAUUUUAUAUAUAACAUGGAUAAACUCAUGUAUAAUAACUAAAAACUGGAUUUAUGUAUCACAUGUAUGUGUGAAAAUUAGAUUUACAUAUUGCAAAUAUAGAGAUUUAUAUAUUUAUUGUGAAACAUGUCUCAGAUCCAGUAUAUAAAAGUUUGUAUAAAGAUUAUUAAAAAACUAUGUCCACUAGUAACAUUAAUAUCUACUAUAUUUGUUAUUGUGAUUACUAUUUACAUCAAUCAGAAGAUCUCUCCAAUCUUUGUCUUUCUCUGUAUACAAGUAUAUCUGAAUUGGUACUCAAUAUAUAGUAUUAGUUACAAAUCAAAUCCAAUGAAAGUUAAAGAAAUACAAGAUAACUUGUACAGUGUGAUUGCUCAACAGCGCAAGUUUGAGCAACCACUGGCUAAUAUGCAGCAGCCACCAGCGUAUAACACAACCUACAAAUUUUGGCAUUGUGAGAGAUGUCAGAGUUACAUGUGCAAGCCAACGCAGCAUUGUGUCUUCUGUCGAAAAUGUUUUCACUUCAAAGAUCAUCAUUGCUUCUUCUUAGGUGCCUGUGUACUGCGCCAGAAUAUGGGCAACUUCAUACUGUUUUGCUUCUAUACUUCACUGACAUGUCUGUACUCUCUAUGCGUGCUGGGACCAUACAUGUACGAGAACAUUAAUCACAUAGUGAAAAGCGAUGCGGAUUAUUUUAAUAUAUUCCUGAACUUUUGCUUCCCCAUCGCCCUGGCAAGACUAUUGCACUCCAGGGAUAGUUCGAGUAUACUUCUAGUUACGAUAUUCGAUAUACUGAUGUCGAUUUUGUGUAUUUGUCUGGUGCUUGGUAUUUGGAAGCUGCACAGUUGUUUGACCGGCAAACAACGUUACGUGAACGUAACGGGAAAACAGAAUUUGAAGGAAAUUUUUGGAAGCUACGGUCUAUCAAAUAUUAUCUUUCCAUAUAAUGGUCUUAUAGGCACAAGAGAUAUCAAUGGCAAAUAUCAGCUAAAGGAAGUAUGAAAUUAGUCAGUUGAACAAUGGAUCGAGAUUAAGUCUAACACAUAUUUUUCUGUAUUAUUUACUUGUAUUGUAAUAAAUAUAAUAAUAAUAAUAAUAAUAUGUACAACACAUGCAUUCAUACAUGUAGUAGAACACAAUGUUUACAAACACUUCUUACACGAUUUACGGAAGGUUUUACGAAAAAAAGUGAAUUAUUUGUACUAAAUCCUCAUAUGAAAUACAUGUAUUCUAAUCUCUCUAUUUGGAAAUAUAUGACA